AGAAAGCACUGUCGUCUGUGUUCUUCUGACUGCUGUCCAACUACAUCAACCACCAUGGGUGAUGGUCUAAUGGCCGAGUUUGGAAAGGCUGCUCCUUUCCUGAGGAAGUCUGAUAAGGAGCGUCUGGAGGCUCAGACCAGACCUUUUGACAUCAAGACCGAAUGUUUUGUUGUAGACGAUAAAGUGGAAUAUGUGAAAGGGCAAAUACUCAGCAAAGAAGGAGGGAUGGCAAACGUAAAGAAAGAGGAUGGGAACACGGUGACGGUAAAAGAGGCUAAUGUUCACCCCCAGAACCCGCCAAAGUUUGAUAAAAUUGAAGACAUGGCGAUGUUCACUUUCCUGCAUGAGCCUGCAGUGCUGUUUAACCUUAAAGAGCGUUAUGCUGCAUGGAUGAUUUACACCUACUCUGGGCUCUUCUGCGUUACUGUCAACCCGUACAAGUGGCUUCCUGUCUACGACUCUGAGGUGGUGGCAGCCUACAGGGGAAAGAAGCGGAGUGAAGCUCCCCCCCACAUUUUUUCCAUCUCGGAUAAUGCCUACCAGUACAUGUUGACUGACAGGGAAAACCAGUCUGUCCUCAUCACCGGAGAAUCCGGAGCGGGAAAGACGGUGAACACCAAGAGAGUCAUCCAGUACUUUGCCAGCAUUGCUGCAGUUGGUGGUGCAGUCAAGAAAGACAGCAGCAAGGGUACGCUGGAGGAUCAAAUCAUCCAGGCAAACCCAGCUCUUGAGGCCUUUGGAAAUGCCAAAACUGUGAGAAAUGAUAACUCGUCUCGUUUUGGAAAAUUUAUUCGCAUUCAUUUCGGCACAAGUGGUAAACUGUCAUCUGCUGACAUUGAGACGUACCUUCUGGAGAAGUCCCGUGUCACCUUUCAACUAAAGGCUGAAAGGAACUACCACAUCUUCUACCAGAUUCUGUCUAAUCAGAAGCCAGAGCUGCUGGACCUUCUGCUGAUCACCAACAAUCCAUAUGACUACUCCUACAUCUCCCAGGGAGAAGUGUCAGUCGCCUCCAUCAAUGAUUCUGAGGAGCUGAUGGCCACAGACAGCGCCUUUGAUGUUCUUGGUUUCACCGCAGAAGAGAAGAUGGGUGUCUACAAACUGAUAGGUGCCAUCAUGCACUAUGGCAACAUGAAGUUUAAACAAAAGCAGCGUGAAGAGCAGGGUGAACCUGAUGGGACGGAGGCUGCUGAUAAAUCAGCUUACCUAAUGGGGCUGAACUCUGCUGACCUCAUCAAAGGGCUGUGCCAUCCCAGGGUCAAGGUAGGAAAUGAAUAUGUCACCAAGGGCCAAAGUGUGGACCAAGUUUAUUACGCCAUUGGUGCACUGGCCAAGUCAGUGUAUGAGAAGAUGUUCAAUUGGAUGGUGGUGAGAAUCAAUCAAUCUCUGGACACUAAGCAGCACCGUCAGUACUUUAUAGGAGUUCUGGACAUCGCUGGAUUUGAGAUCUUUGAUUUUAACACCUUCGAGCAGCUGUGCAUCAAUUACACCAAUGAGAAGCUGCAACAGUUUUUCAAUCAUCACAUGUUCGUUCUAGAGCAAGAAGAGUAUAAAAAAGAGGGGAUCGAAUGGGAGUUCAUUGACUUUGGGAUGGACUUGCAGGCCUGCAUUGACCUGAUUGAAAAGCCUCUGGGAAUUCUUUCCAUUCUAGAGGAAGAAUGUAUGUUUCCCAAAGCCAGUGACCAAACCUUCAAGGCCAAGCUCUAUGAUAAUCAUCUGGGCAAAAACAAGAUGUUUGAGAAGCCGAGGGCAGCCAAAGGGAAAGCAGAGGCACAUUUUGCCCUGGUUCACUAUGCUGGUACAGUGGACUACAACAUCGGAAACUGGCUGGUCAAAAACAAAGACCCUCUGAAUGAAACAGUGGUUGGCCUUUACCAGAAGUCUUCUCUGAAACUGCUAAGUCUACUGUUUUCAACUUAUGCAGGAUCUGAUAGUGCAGACAAAGGUGGCAAAGGAGCCAAGAAAAAGGGUUCUUCAUUUCAGACAGUAUCUGCUCUUCACAGAGAAAACCUGAACAAGCUGAUGACCAACUUGAAGACCACUCAUCCUCAUUUUGUCCGCUGUCUGAUUCCCAAUGAGAGGAAAACUCCAGGGGUCAUGGAUAACUGCCUAGUAAUGCACCAGCUGCGAUGCAAUGGUGUCCUGGAAGGCAUCAGGAUCUGCAGAAAAGGCUUCCCAAACAGGGUGCUUUAUGGUGACUUUAAGCAGCGGUACAGAAUCCUGAACGCCUCUGCCAUCCCAGAGGGUCAGUUCAUGGACUGUAAGAAAAGUGCAGAAAAGCUGUUGGGAUCACUGGAUAUUGACCACACACAGUAUAAGUUUGGCCACACAAAGGUCUUCUUCAAAGCCGGGUUGCUGGGAACACUUGAGGAGAUGCGAGAUGAGCAACUCUCUCGAAUCAUAACCAGGCUCCAAGCUAAUGCCAGAGGACUCCUCAUGAGGGAGAAGUUUGCCAAGCUGGUGGAACGCCGGGAUGCCCUGAUGGUCAUCCAGUGGAACCUCCGAUCUUUUCUAGGUGUGAAGAACUGGCCCUGGAUGAAACUCUUCUUCAAGAUAAAACCCCUAUUAAAGAGCGCUGAGGCUGAAAAAGAAAUGGCCAACAUGAAAGAUGAAUUCAACAAGCUGAAGGAAGCUCUGGAGAAAUCAGAAGCCCGGCGGAAGGAACUAGAGGAGAAAAUAGUGACUCUUCUCCAAGAGAAGAAUGAUUUAACUUUACAGAUUCAGUCUGAGCAGGACACAUUGACUGAUGCUGAGGAACGCUGUGAGCAGCUUAUUAAGAGCAAGAUCCAACUGGAGGCCAAGCUGAAGGAGAUGAGUGAAAGACUGGAGGAUGAGGAGGAGCUGAACGCAGAUCUUACAGCAAAGAAACGCAAGCUUGAAGAUGAGUGCAGUGAGCUAAAGAAAGAUAUUGAUGACUUGGAGUUAACACUGGCCAAGGUGGAAAAGGAGAAGCAUGCUACAGAGAACAAGGUGAAAAACUUGGUUGAAGAGAUGGCUUCUCAGGAUGAGAACAUCCUGAAGCUGACCAAGGAAAAAAGGGCACUGCAGGAGGCCCACCAGCAGACACUGGAUGACCUGCAGAGUGAGGAGGACAAAGCCAACAGUCUGACCAAAGCUAAAGCUAAACUGGAACAGCAGGUGGACGAUCUUGAGGGCUCACUUGAGCAAGAGAAGAAAGUCAGGAUGGACCUGGAGCGCUCCAAGAGGAAGUUUGAGGGGGACCUGAAACUGACCCAGGAGACACUGAUGGACUUGGAGAAUGACAAGCAGCAGCUGGACGAAAAACUCAAAAAGAAAGAUUUUGAGAUCAGCCAUAUAAACUCAAGACUGGAGGAUGAGCAGGUUGCCUCGGUUCAGCUUCAGAAGAAGCUGAAGGAGAACCAGGCAAGAAUCGAGGAGCUGGAAGAGGAGCUGGAUGCAGAGCGUGCAGCCCGAGCAAAAGUGGAGAAGCAGCGCUCAGAUCUUUCCCGUGAGCUGGAGGACAUCAGUGAGCGUCUGGAAGAAGCAGGUGGAGCCACGUCUACUCAGGUCGAGCUUAACAAAAAGAGAGAUGCUGAAUUUCAGAAGCUGCGCCGAGAACUGGAGGAGUCAACCCUCCAACAUGAAGCGACCGCUGCCUCUUUGAGAAAGAAACAUGCAGACAGCGUGGCUGAACUGGGAGAGCAAAUAGAUAACCUGCAGCGGGUGAAACAGAAACUGGAGAAGGAGAAGACAGAGCUGAAACUGGAGCUGGACGACUUAUCCUCCAACCUGGAGAGCGUGGUGAAGGCCAAAUCCAACACUGAGAAGAUGUGUCGUACCAUAGAAGACAACAUGAAUGAGUACAAGAGCAAAUACGAGGAAGCUCAGCGAACUAUCAAUGACCUGACAACCCACAAGGCCAAAGUGCUCACUGAGAAUGGUGAGCUGGGACGCCAGCUGGAGGAGAAGGAGUGUCUGAUUUCACAACUGACCAGAGGGAAGAACUCAUACAACCAGCAGGUGGAAGAUCUACGAAGGCAACUGGACGAAGAAGUGAAGGCAAAGAACGCUCUCGCCCACGCUUUACAAUCUGCUCGGCAUGACUGCGAUCUGCUCCGGGAACAAUUUGAAGAGGAACAGGAGGCCAAGGCCGAACUGCAGAGAGCUCUGUCCAAGUCCAACACAGAAGUCUCAGCUUGGAGAAGUAAAUAUGAGACUGAUGGGAUCCAGCGAACAGAGGAGCUGGAAGAGGCAAAGAAGAAGCUGGUCCAAAGACUUCAAGAAGCUGAGGAGUCCAUCGAGGCCGUGAAUGCAAAGUGUUCAUCCCUCGAGAAAACUAAACAUCGCCUUCAGAAUGAGAUUGAAGACUUGAUGCUGGAUCUGGAGAGAUCUAAUGCUGCAUCGGCAGCACUGGACAAAAAGCAGAGAAGCUUUGACAAAGUCCUGGCAGAGUGGAAGCAGAAGUUUGAGGAGUCACAGUGUGAACUGGAGGCCUCCCAGAAGGAAGCUCGGUCUCUGAGUACUGAACUCUUCAAGCUUAAGAAUGCCUAUGAAGAGUCGCUGGAUCAGCUUGAGACGAUGAAGAGAGAGAACAAGAACCUCCAGGAGGAGAUUUCUGACCUCACCGAACAGCUUGGAGAAGGCGGCCGCAGCGCCCACGAGCUGGAGAAGAUCCGUAAACAACUCGAGCAGGAAAAGGCUGAACUCCAGACAGCACUGGAAGAGGCAGAAGGUUCCCUGGAGCACGAAGAGAGCAAGAUCCUUCGAGCACAGAUGGAGUUCAAUCAAGUGAAGGCUGACAUGGAGCGCAAAAUGGCCGAGAAGGACGAGGAGACGGAGCAGGCCAAGAGGAACUACCAACGGAUGCUGGAGUCUCUUCAGUCCUCUCUGGAUUCUGAGACCAGGAGCCGAAACGAGGCCUUGAGAGUCAAAAAGAAGAUGGAGGGUGACCUGAAUGAGAUGGAGAUCCAGUUGAGCCAAGCAAACAGGCAGGCAGCUGAGGCCCAGAAGCACGUCAAGACCCUCCAAGCGUUCCUGAAAGACGCACAGUUGCAGCUGGAUGAUACGCAGCACUGCAACGAUGACCUGAGAGAAAACAUCACCCUGCUGGAGCGCCGAAACAACCUGAUCCAGGCAGAGCUGGAGGAGCUGAGGGCCGCCCUCGAACAGACGGAGAGAAGCCGGAAACUGGCAGAACAGGAACUGAUCGAUGUGACGGAGCGGAUGCAGCUACUGCACUCUCAAAACACCAGCCUGAUCAACCAGAAGAAGAAGCAAGAAGCAGACCUGCUCAACCUUCAAAACGAACUCGAGGAAAACAUCCAGGAGAACCGCAACGCAGAGGAAAAGGCAAAGAAAGCAAUAACAGACGCAGCCAUGAUGGCUGAGGAGCUCAAGAAGGAGCAGGACACCAGCGCCCACCUGGAGCGCAUGAAGAAGAACAUGGAGCAGACCAUCAAAGACCUGCAGCAUCGUCUGGAUGAGGCCGAGCAGAUCGCCAUGAAGGGAGGCAAGAAGCAGCUCCAGAAACUGGAGGCUCGCAUCAAGGAGCUGGAGAACGAGCUGGAGGCAGAGCAGAAGAGGGGAACGGAGUCCGUCAAGGGGGUCCGCAAGUUCGAGCGCCGCAUCAAAGAGCUCACGUACCAGACCGAGGAGGACCGCAAGAACAUGGCGCGCCUGCAGGACCUGGUGGACAAGCUGCAGCUGAAGGUCAAGUCCUACAAGCGCGCAGCUGAAGAGGCGGAGGAGGCAGCCAACGCCAACAUGGCUAAACUCCGCAAGCUGCAGCACGAGCUGGAGGAGGUGGAGGAGAGGGCCGACAUCGCCGAGUCGCAGGUGAACAAGCUGAGGGCCAAAACCAGGGACGGACCCUCCAAGAAGGGCCUGGAGGAGUGA